GAGUUGUGACCGAGUCGUGUUCAGCUGCUUCUUCCUGGACCGGAUUAAAGCUUUGAAACUGACGGAUUCUCAAACUGUGUGGACAAAGCUGUUUCAUAUCGAUUCCUGACAUUUAGUGACUUGAGUAGUUUUGCUGAGUUUUAAGAGACGACAAAAUGCCGUUCAUGCCGGUAAAAUUCAACCUGCAGAAGCGGGUGAAGCUGGCUCAGGGCCUAUGGAUGCUCUACUGGCUCUCCGUCAUUGUGGGCAUCCUCAUCUUCAGCCUCGGCAUCUUCUUCAAGAUCGAGUUGCGCAAGAGGAGUGAGAUGAUGGACAACAACGAGAGCCACUUGGUGCCCAACCUGCUGAUGCUGGUGGGCAUGGUGGCCUGUGGGAUCAACGCCUUUGGGGGGAAAGUCUGCCACGACUCUCUGGACCCCAUCAAGUUCUCCAAGUGGAAGCCGUUGCUGAAGACAUACCUGCUGCUGUGCUGCGGCUUCAAUGUGCUGCUGCUGCUGGUGGCGCUGCUCUGCUUCCUCAUGCAGUUCGCCGUGUACCUAGCGCUGGCCGAGGGCCUGAAGAACGGCAUCAAAUUCUACAAGGACACGGACACGCCGGGCCGCUGCUUCAUGAAGAGGACGCUGGACAUGACGCAGAUUGAGUUCCGCUGCUGUGGCAACAACAACUUCAGAGACUGGUUCGAGGUGCAGUGGAUCAGCAACCGCUACCUGGACAUGAGCAACGACGUGGUCAAAGACCGUGUCCUCAGUAACGUGGAGGGGAAGUAUCUGAUGGACAGCGUCCCGUUCAGCUGCUGUAACCCCGGGUCGCCACGACCUUGCAUCCAACACCACCUGACUAAUAACACCGCCCACUACGACUACGACCACCGCACCGAGGAGCUGAACAUCUGGGUCCGUGGCUGCCGCGAGGCGCUCUUCUCCUACUACAGCAGCAUGAUGAACAGCAUUGGGGCGCUCGUCAUCCUCACCAUCUUCCUGGAGUCGGUGGACAUGGCGGGCCUGAAAUACCUGUGCACGGCUCUGGAGACGAUGACGGAUCCGGAGAACCCGGAGUGCGAGAGCGAAGGCUGGCUGCUGGAGAAAGGUGUCAAGGAGACGUUUGCCGACAUGCUCAGCAAGGUGAAGACGAUGGGGAAGACCAACCAGGUAGAGGAGGGCGGGGAUGCACCUCAGGCGUGA